AGCACGUGAAUGCAGCACAGUUGGACGACGGAGACGAGAGGGAAGAAAAGGGCAAAGGAGGGGACCUGUAAUAAAUUCAGCCUCGCACUAUUGGCGCCAAUCCGAUUUAAAGAGAAAAACAACUAGCUCAUUUUUCAUUGACGUUUUAAUCAAAUCUGCGUCCAAGCGCCGCUGUAGUCUGGUAGCCGUCGGUCGGCGCUACAGCCAGCUAGCCUCGUUAGCACACAAUCUAUCAUUGUGAUAUUAAUCUGCCCUCUUCUCUCUGUCUGUACUAAUAACUCAGCAACAGUGAAGCACAGGGACAAUAGAGCCGUGUCUCUGCGGGGGGAACCGAUCACACACAGCCGAGAAAAUGGGGAGGAAGUCCAACAGAGCAAAGGAGAAGAAAGCCCGUCGUCUGGAGGAGAGGGCAGCUAUGGAUGCCGUCUGUGCCAAGGUGGACGCAGCCAAUAAGCUCGACGACCCCCUGGCUGCCUUCCCAGCCUUCAAAAAGUACGACAGAAAUGGGCUGAAUCUGCAGAUAGAGUGUAAGAGAGUGACCUCCCUCAACCCGCUGUCUGUGGAGUGGGCCUUCGAACUCACCAGAGCCAACAUGCAGACACUGUAUGAGCAGAGCGAGUGGGGGUGGAAGGAGAGGGAAAAGAGGGAGGAGAUGAACGACGAGAGGGCGUGGUACCUACUGGCCCGCGACGGGCGACUCCGCCCCGUGGCCUUCUCUCACUUCCGAUUCGACGUGGAGUGCGGGGAGGAGGUUUUAUAUUGCUAUGAGGUGCAGUUAGAGAGCAGAGUGCGGAGGAAAGGACUCGGCAAGUUCCUCAUCCAGAUACUACAGCUCAUCGCUAACAGUACGCAGAUGAAGAAAGUGAUGUUGACAGUUUUCAAACACAACCACGGGGCUUACCAGUUCUUCAGAGAAGCUUUACAGUUUGAGAUCGAUGACACCUCGCCAAGCAUGUCCGGUUGCUGCGGCGACGACUGCUCUUACGAGAUCCUCAGCCGGCGGACCAAACACGGCGAGGCCUCGGCGGGACACACCCACGGGGGCGGGCACUGCGGGGGCUGCUGCCACUGAUCCGCUUCAGCUACAGCUUUUACGAUUUGGUUUAAAAGCCAGCAACUUUCAUGGCUGUGUGUGAAAGCUUGAGCUGCCUGCUACACUGCAAGCGUUUUGAGUUUGAACGGCUGUAGAUGAACCGAUGGUGGAAUACCUGGCUACAGAUAUUGAUGUCGCGUUAUGGAUUGAGAUUUACGUGUUUGUUUGUUUUUUUUGUGUAUUCCUGCUACAAAAAGCAGUAAGCAGUGUGAGCUUUCACACAUAGCUCCGGUUGUUGUUUUUUUUUAUUUUUUUUUUUCUUUCCUACUUCUUGGUCCAAUGUCCAAGCUCAUCUUUCCUCAUUCUCUUAUCCCAGUUAAUGAUGACAGUUAUUGGUUCCCAGUCAAGAACAAGCUAAAGCAUUGCUGACAUCCUCUACCACUCCAAUGAACCUCAUCCCAUCCUGCCUCUCAUCUCCUAACCUGCUGUACUGUAUUGAAUCAUUCUGCAGCGCUUCUCAAACUUUUGCUUCGGACCUAAAAUUGGUUGCUGGCCUAAGGCUGUAUUAUAGAAACUUACUACCUCAAGUCAAGAUUGCUUAAGCUUAAGAUAGGAUUUAGUGGUAAAAAUUGAUUAAUCAUUCCCUCACUCAAAUGACCACUUAAACUAAACCGAUAGGAUUUUUAUGAGUUAGUCAGUUCUUGUGAUACAGCCCCUGGUUUCUUUGGGACUUGAGACUAACUAGCUGGUUUCGCUGGUCCCAGGAUUAGGCUGAAUGUAUUCACAUUUGGGUCCCAGAAGAAGCAGUCUGAGAAGGCUUGCUGUCUAAUACCACCUUUUUAUGUUGCAAGUUAUAUGCACAUAUGGCUUGUAAGUAAUAUUUUUUUUUUCUGUAACAAUAGCACUGCAGCUAUCAGCAACUGCACUGUUUUGAACCACAUCUGUCCGUUAUACUACUGUUGACAAGGUUACAGUACAAUAUUAGCACUACCCAUCUUCUCUGCUCCGGUCUCAGCUAAAUGUAUAGACGUCUCCCCUGCUUAUAAUUAAAAGAAAAAGUUAAAUUUCUCAUCAUCUGUUGCUGUAGACCUGCAUCCAGCCCAGAAAAUAAUGCCAGUGCGACCCUCUCUGGCUCAUUCAGAUGUUCAACUUUAACUGUCAGCUAUAUUUCUUCAUCAGAGGUACAAAUCAUGAACUAACACUCGGUUUCCUGCUUCACUGAAGACAUGGAGUUCUUUUAGUUCAUGAGGUCAUUCACUCUCAUUUUCACGCUUUCUUCCCACCAUAUUUCUCUCAUUUCCAAGCUCUCAGAUACAAAUGGGAGAUUCACUUGCCUAUAAUGUGUUUUUCCAUGCUUCACUUCUGUGAAAUCCCAUCCCCCUUUCUCCUGUUGGUGCCUCCGUUCUCCCUCUAUGUCCCAAAGGUGCUGAACGAUGACUGCAGAUCUGUUGCGCUCGUCUUUAGUCACCUAGUACAAUUGCAUUACUCCUGCUUGCCUCAUCGUUCACUGCGUUUCCUUCGCUUCAUUGUUGAUGAUAAACAAGUUGAUGUUGACGCUACCUUUAGCUGUAUUUAAAAAAUACUAAAACCAUCCUCCAUCCCUUCUCUUACAUAUUCUGUUAGCAUGAGCAAAUCAUAUUGAUUUAACAUGGAUGAGGAUUGGUAGAAGUCACCGCUUCAUUAUGUGGCCGUUUGAAGCUGAAUGCUGUUAACUUGGAGGAAGGAACAAUGGAUGGAUGGAUGGAUGGAUGGCUGGAUGAUACAAGUAAUUGCAGAGCACUGAAGGUGUUUUUUUAUGGUCGUUAUUCCUCCUCCUCCUUCUCCUCAGUCGUCAACUGUUUUCCCAGCCCACCAUCAUUAGUUUGCAUGACAAAAUUACAUUUUUUUUUUUAACAAAACUCGUAGUCUAAAUCAGGAUUACACAACAGCAGUGCUGCUUCUGAACUUAAGCAUCACUGUUUGAACACGUGUGUAAAAUCCUCAUGUGGGUCUGAUGGCAUUACUUUAAUAUUUCAUACAAAUCUCCCAUGAACAGCCGUGCAUGUUAGUAUGUGAAAGGGAGAGUUGUGCGACAUUUAAAGUUAAUGUUGCGGUUUCCUUUAAAGCAUCUUGGCACAAAGUCAGUGCUGUGAGAUUUGGGUAAAGUUGAACAGUGCGUCCGCUGCCGAGAUCUUUGUAGGAGUUCCACAUAGGGUUUUAGAUGUCACAUUACUAGUCAACCUAGACAGGCUGCUGUAACCACCUCGAUCUUGUUGAUUUCAUGUCUGUUUUGUACAAAACCUUCAGGGUAUUUUUGGACCGUUUCAAGUGCGAGUCAGCCGGGUUAGAAGCACUAUCUAGAAACCACCAUAAAACCCUUUAAUUCCAGGACUGUAGUCAGUUUGUACAGAUUGUACUUGUGGGCUGGAGGAGUUAAAAAGUCAUUACUUUACACUACUGUGGAUGUAAAGAUUGCUCUAGUGUGGCUGUGAGGGACUUCAAUUUGUAUGUUUUGUUUUUUCAUAUCAAGGCUCAACUUGAGAUUUCAUACAGACCUGACAUACCUGGUCAAAAUAUGUGAAACGGGGAGACUGAAAUGUGAAGACACGUUCUUAGAAACUCCUAAAUACCGAAAUAAUCUGUGUUACACAAGAACAAAAUGUUAUUUAUCACCAAAAAAGAAAAACCCUUUGGAUGACCAAGCCCAGAUCCUGGGGUGAAAGUUUCUUGUUGUUUCCAGACUGGGUUGAGACAAAAAAAAAAAAUUCAGCAUCUGGAGACGACCUAUUGGUGUCUCUCGCUUGUUUGAUCAUGAAAACAAUUAAACAACAUAUUGCUUGUUUUAGUGUUAGAAUACCUUCUGAUACGUACAGUAAAUCAUUUUUUGUACUGCAUAGGUUACAAUAAAAAGAGGAUGUUGUACAUAAUGGUAGUAUAUCAACCGACUGACAGUCUCUCUCUCUCAGGUUAAUCAAACGUAAUCGAACCUCAUCAAUUUCAUUUCAACAGCCGUUUUGUCAGUUAGCUGUUCGCUGGAUUGGAUUGGCCACAGCUCUGACCUAGAGUCAGUUUUUGUUUGCGUGUCAUGUCGUAUUAUUUAAAGAAAGUGAAUCGAAGAACCGUAUCUAAAUUUUGACUUUUAACACAACUAGGAAAGUGAUUUUAUUUUUUAUAUGUUGCAGUAAAAACAAAAGCACCUCAACUGCUCUGCCUUGAAGGUGUGAAAAUGCAAGAAAAUUAAAGACACAGUGUGUACUGACCCUAGAUCAGCGCUCAGUUGUUACAUUCAAUCCAGAUGGGUGGGCUGUCUUUUAAAAAAGGCUCACUUGAAGUCAAAAAGCUUUUGUGAAAAUAUCCUGAGUUUGAAAAUGAGCCUAAACUUAACCAGUUUAUUUUAAGUCAGUGAGUACUUUUAUUUUUAAAAAAUGGUUACAUACCCUCACAAAAUCACAGAUCCUUCUCUUGGUCUUUUCUCUGUGUGUGUAUAUAUAUAUAUAAGCUGUUGUGGAUCCAUCUUCAUUUUCAUUUCUUGGCCUUUUACAGGUUAAACACUUUUUUAAACAUGAUGUUAAAAAAAAACUUCCAUGUUUGAGAGUGAGUGUUACAGUCCUGUCCAUAAACGACAAUGAAAGGGAAAACUAAGUCAUUAUGCCUUGUCAGUGUUUUAUUUGUAUGUUACAAAUAAAGGAAAGUUGUUUGACUUUUCAA